AUGGAACGUUUUUGGACAAUCGAAGAAGAAACUUCGUCACCAUCCUAUUCCGUCGAGGAAGCCGCAUGUGAAGCACACUUCCAGCAAACCGUUUCUCGAAAUCAGCAAGGUCGAUACAUCGUUCGCCUACCGGUGAAACCAGACGUCUUAACUUCACUAGGCGACAACCGUCGCACGGCCGUACGAAGAUUUCGCAUGAUACAACAGCGAAUGGGAACCGAUCCACAACUUCGUAUACAGUACGUCGACUUCAUGAAUGAAUACCACGCCUUGGGACACAUGCAAAAGGUCGACGACUACGAAACACCUCCCAAACCUUGCUACCAUCUUCCGCACCACGCCGUUGUCCGAGAGGAAAGUACGACCACCAAAGUACGCGUCGUUUUUGAUGCGUCGUGUAAAACUAGCCAAGGACGUUCGCUAAACGAUGCACUCAUGGUGGGACCCAUCGUCCAGGAGGAAAUGAGGUCCAUCAUUAUGCGAUCGAGAACCCGCCGCAUCAUGUUGGUUGCUGAUGCAAAGUAG